AUGGAAAGACAUCGAAUUAUUCUUAAAGAAAAGUUAAACGAUGAGAUUUCUGAAGAUGUUUUAAAAAGUCAAGAAUUAUCAUCAUUAUUAUCUGAGUCAACAUUAUAUAGUGAACCAAUUAAUUUAGAUAGUAAAUUAGUUCAAUUGUGUUUACAAAUACCAAAACCAGAACUUGAUGACGAAAGUGAUAAAGAUAUUCAUAUUCUUUGGUUAAGAAGUGAAGAGAAUAAAUUGUCCAAUAAAUCUGAAUCAUUAAAUGGAUUAGAAAUAAAGAAAUAUUAUUCAUUUGACGAAUUAAUUCGUUUUAUCAAAACAUUAGAAACAAAGAAUGUAUUUUUAAUAAUUGAUCAAUCAUUAGUUUUAAAUAAUCUUUCAUCUUUCGAUGAUUUGGCACAAAUUAUUUUCAUAUACAUUUUAGAAAAUGAAGAAAUUAAUGAUUAUAUACCAAUAACAAAUAGUAAAAGAUCAAUUAGAAAAAUUUCUAAUAAUAAAGAAGAACUUUUCUAUGCAAUUAAUGAAGAUAUUUAUAUAUCUACAAAAGAUUUUUUAUGUACGAGUAUAUUAGAUAUUUCAGUUGAAGAAGAAUCAACAAAUCAAACAAAAAAUUUAUCUUUUAUAUGGUAUCAUUUAUUAAUUAAUAGUCUGUUUGAUUUAACUGUUUAUAAUAAAACAGCUAAAAAUGAUUUAAUAAAAUAUUCUCGUAAACAAUAUUCAGAUAAUAUUGCUCAACAAAAUAAAAUUACAAAAUUUGAAAAUGAAUAUUUAUCAACAGAGGCAAUUCAAUGGUAUACACGUGAUUCAUUUGUUUUUCGUCUUUUCAAUAAAGCAUUACGAACUCGUGAUAUAAUUAGUAUUUUUAAAUUUCGUUUUUUUAUUAUUGAUUUACAAAAACAACUUGAACAACUUUAUGAUGAAGAAAUAAUGCAAUAUUUAUCAUUAGUUUACCGUGGUCAAAAAAUAUCAUCAUUAGAAUUUAAUAAAUUAGAGAAAAGUAUUGGUAAAUAUAUAUCCGUCAAUACGUAUUUUUCAGCAUCAAUGAGUGAAGAUGUUGCUUUAAUUUAUGCGAGUGAUCCACUAUCUUCUGUUAUACUUGAAAUUGAAAUGGAAAACGUGGUAUAUAUGAAAAAUAAACGAACUCGUCCUGUAUAUAUAGGACAUAUUAGUGAUCAUCCUGAUGAACUAGAAGCUAUUUUUCCUAUUGGUUCAACUUUUAAAAUACAUUCGAUAAGAGAAAAAAAUAAUAAACGGUAUCUUAAACUGAUAUUAGAAACUGAUGAUCAUUAUGAACAAUUGUUUGAUAUUUUUCAAAAAAAUUAUAUAAACAAACUUCCAUCAACAAUUAAAUUUGCGGAAUUACUUAUAUGGAUGGGAGAAUAUGAUAAAGCUCAAGAAUAUCUUCAAAUUUUAAUAAAAGAUUUGAAAUUAUCCAGUGAUAAUAUUAAAAAGGGAUAUGUUUAUGAUUAUAUGGGUCAAAUUUCGUAUAUAAAAGGUGAUUAUAAAUCUGCACUAUCUCGGUACAAUAAGGCAUUAAACUUCAUUUCAAUAGAUGAGAUCUAUUGUGCAAAUAUAUAUUGUAAUAUUGCAAAUUUAUAUUAUGCAAAAAAUGAAUAUAAUCAAGCUUUAGAAUAUUAUAAAAAAUCAUUGAAUUAUAAACAAGAUAUGGAUCCUUUAGAUUUAGCUAGUUUAUAUGAAAGUUUUGGCAAUGUUUAUUCUCGAAUCCAUGAAUUUGGUGAUGCUGUUACUUUUUUAAAUGAAGCAUUGGAUAUACGUCACUCAAAUCAAUUAAGCCAUCAUGGCUAUUUAUCUACAUACACAGCUUUAAUGAUACUCUAUAGUGAAAAAUCAGAUUAUAACAAAGCCCUACAAUGUUUGAAAGAACUAUUAAAUAUUCUGCUAAAAACAGUAUCAAAAAAUCAUCCACAGUUUAUCGCUGUAUACACAUUCAUCGGACAAAUGUAUAUCAGAUGUAAUGAUUAUGAAUCAGCAAUGAUAUAUUGUCAAAAAUCUAAAAAUAUGAUUGACAUUAUUUUGAUAAAAGAAAUCUCAUUAAAUCCAAUACAAUAUAUACUUCUUUAUACUACACUUGCCGAAAUUUAUGAUUACAAUGAUGACAUGGAAAAUCUGUUUUACUUUGCUAAUAAAGCAGUAAAUAUUUAUAAUAAAUUUAUCAAUAGUAUACCAAAAGCACAUCCCAUAAUAGAAAAUAUACACAAUAUGUUGGCUAUAGCUUAUUAUAAGAAAAAUGAUUUCAAAUCUGCAUUAGAUAUUUACCGUAAAACUUCGACUUUUUCUGAUGAAGUCAAUAGUAAAUUGAUGAGACUUGUAAAUAGCGCCACAAUUUAUAUUGGUCAAGAUAAUCCUAAAACGGCUCUGGAAUAUUUAGAUCAAUCGUUUGAACUUAGUUCAAAAAUUAACCAAUCAAUUAUUAACUAUAAGAUAUUAUCCUUAAUGAAUGAUCAAUAUUCUCGUGCAUAUAAACUUAAUAAUAAUCUUAAAAAAGCGAUCUUUUAUGCUGAAGAAGCAUUACAAUUAUGUGAAGUACAUAAAGAUUCUCGUCAAAUAGCAUCUACUUUGUUAUACUUAUCGAAUUUGUGUCCCGAUAAAAAGAAAAUUUAUAUGGAGAAAAUUUUAGAAAUUCUUCAACAAGACGAUCUACCACUGAUGGAUACAUAUAUUUAUCAUUAUCUCUAUGGAUUGUACUGUAAGCAUCAAAUGAAUUAUUCUAACGCACUUCAUCAUCUUCAAAUAUCAUUGAAAUAUCAAUCAAAAAUGAUUCCACGGUGUCAUCUAGAAUCAAUAUUUACCAUUUAUAAUAUUGUCUCUAUUCACAAAAAAAAUGUCGGAGGAUUUACAAAGAAUGAAUUAUUAUCUUAUCUUGAGAAAUGUGAUCAAAUAUAUGUUGAAUUAUUGAAAUUUAAGGAAAUACCAUAUAGAGAUAUGGUAAUUAUGUUUUGGGCUGAAAAAUAUUUUGUAGACAAUAUAAAACAAUGUUCAUUAUUGAUUUCAGUAAUGUUUUUGAUUUAUUUUGAAAUUGGAAAAAUUUAUAUCGAAGCAAACAAUAGAGAAUUAGCAUUGGAUUAUAUUCAAAAAGCAGAACAAAUAUUAAAUGAUUAUAUAGGAAAAAAAGAAAUUCGAAAGAAAGAUUACAUAUACUAUCUAUUGGCAUCAUCAUAUCAUUCAGUCGAAAAUCCUGAUAAAGCACUUUUGUAUUAUGAAAAAAGGGUUCAAUCGUUGCCAUUUGAUUAUAAUCAAUAUGGUUUUUGUUAUUAUUUGAUGUCUGAAAUAUACUAUGAUAAAAAUGAUUAUUUUAUGUCAAUAUCAAAAUGUAAAAUAGCAUUAACAUUUUUACAUAAUUCACCAUCAAUGAAUUAUAUAUUUAUAUAUCUUGCUUAUUGGUGCACAUCUCUUGCCUAUUCAAACAUAAAAAAUAAUGCAUAUGCAUUUAUUUAUGGUGAACAAUCAUUAAAAUAUUGUUUACUACAGAAUCCAAUUGAUUAUGAUAAAUUUAUUUUAAAUUAUACUCAUUGUACAAAUUAUCUAUGGAAAUCAAAACUGUGGAAUGUUGAAAAACCAUUAAAUUAUAUUCUAGAAGCAGUAGAAUUAACUCAAUAUUCUCUGACAGAUGAAACAUUGUUACGUCUUUAUUAUAGAGUUGGUUUAUUCUAUUUUAUAAAUGAGAAAUAUGAAGAUGCUCUUGUCUCUUAUAAUAAAUCCCUUGAAUAUUCAAAAAUAUCAGAUCCUUUAAUGAUGAAUUGUACUUAUCGACAAAUAUGGAUAGUUUACAUAAUGAUGGGAGAAUUUAAUAAAGCAUAUGAUAUUGUAAAAAAAACAAUUGAUAGUAUUGUCAAUGUCGAAGGUAUUAAUCUAUUCCUAAUUUCACAAUUAUAUAUCGAUAUGGGUAUUACUCAUUAUCGAUUUGGAGAAUAUCAAUUGGCUUUACAAUGUUAUCGUAAAGCUUUUCACUUUCUGGAAAACGAUCAAAAUAAUAGGACACAUGAACUAUAUAAUCUCAUUUAUAAUUACAUUGGACUGUUGUAUUUCGAAUACGGACAUAUUGUAGAUGCAAUGAAUUAUUGCAUAAAAUCUCGAAAUAUUAUUUAUUCAUGUAAUGAUGAAUCUAUUUCACCUAUAAAUACUUAUAUUAGCUUAGGUUUAGUUGAAUGUAAACUUAAAAAUUAUUCUAAUGCUUUGAAUUAUUUUGGACAGGCAUGGGAAUUUAUUUACAAUACACAUAUACAAUAUCAUCCUGCACAUAAAAUAUUGUAUAAUCAUAUUGGUUAUGUCUAUUUUAAACUUGGUCAUAUACAUAUAGCAAUGAAAAACUAUUUAAAAACAUUAUCAAUGUAUAGAAUAUAUCCAAAACAUCCUGAUCUUGCACAAGUAUAUAAAAAUAUUGGUUUAAUUUUUGAACAAGAUGUCCAUAAUUAUCCAAUAGCCCUAUCAUUCUAUAAACGUGCUUUAGAACUCAUUCCAAAUAAUAAACAUCCACAUUAUAUCUUAUAUAAAAAUAUGAUAAAAACGUUACAAUUAAAAAUGAAAAAAAAAACUGAUGAUAAGAAAAAAAAAUAA